UCUACAGGACUCCUCCUGCAAGACACUCCAGAGAGGCAGCAAUGUGCCGCGAGGCAUCUACUCUACCGGAAAAGUAGAAGAAGAAAAGGAAGCGGAUGUAGAAGGUGCUGAGGGCUGGUGGAUUCAAUAAACAAGCAUCCAUCAUGACAGCCAUCAAGCACGCCCUCCAGAGGGACAUCUUCACUCCCAAUGACGAGCGUCUCCUCGGCAUCGUUAACGUCUGUAAGGCAGGAAAGAAGAAAAAGAACUGCUUUCUGUGUGCGACAGUCACUACGGAGAGGCCUGUCCAGGUAAAAGUGGUGAAAGUGAAGAAAUCAGACAAAGGCGACUUUUAUAAAAGACAGUUGACGUGGGAGCUCCGAGAUUUGACUGAAGUUGACGCCAAAGAUGCAAGCAAGGAGAAUCCUGAGUUUGACCUUCACUUUGAGAAGGUGUACCGCUGGGUAGCCAGCAGCACUGCAGAGAAAAAUUCCUUCAUCUCGUGUAUCUGGAAGCUAAACCAGCGCUACCUGAGGAAGAAGGUGGAGUUUGUGAAUGUCAGUGCUCAGCUGCUGGAAGAGUCGGUGCCGAGCGGUGAGAGUCAGAAUGUUGCCGGGGGCGACGAGGACGCUCUGGACGACUACCAGGAGCUGAGCACCAGGGAGGAGCAGGACAUCGAGAGCAUGAUGGAGAUGUGCGAGUACGCCAUCUCCAAUGCCGAGGCCUUUGCCGAACAGCUUUCCAGGGAGCUGCAGGUCCUGGAUGGGGCCAACAUCCAGUCCAUCAUGGCAUCUGAGAAGCAGGUUAAUAUCCUGAUGCAGCUACUGGAUGAGGCUCUGUCAGAGGUCGACACCAUCGAGGGGAAGCUGAGCAGCUACGAGGAGAUGCUGCAGAGCGUCAAGGAGCAGAUGGACCAGAUCUCUCAGAGCAACCGCCUGAUCCAGAUCAGCAACACCAACAACGGCAAACUGCUCGACGAAAUCCAGUUUUUAGUGAACUACAUGGAUCUGUCAAAGGGACACAUCAGAGCCCUGCAGGAGGGAGACCUGAUGUCUCCUAAAGGAAUCGAAGCAUGCAUCAACGCCUCUGAAGCGCUUCUGCAGUGCAUGAACGUGGCUCUCAGACCGGGCCAUGAAAAGCUGAUGGCUGUGACGCAGCAGCAGCUCCUGUUCGCAGAGCUUCGAGACACCUUCGCCCGCCGCCUUACAAACCACCUCAACAAUGUGUUUGUCCACCAGGGCCACGAUCAGAGCUCCACACUGUCCCAGCACACGGCUGAGCUGACCCUGCCCAAACACAAUCCUCUUCACAGAGAUCUGCUGCGCUACGCCAAGCUCAUGGAGUGGUUGAAGAACACUCACAGGGAGAAGUACGAGGGCCUGUCCAGGACCUAUGUCGACUACAUGAGCAGAUUGUAUGAGCGAGAAAUCAAAGACUUCUUUGAGGUCGCUAAGAUAAAGAUGGCGGGAACAACAAAGGAGGCCAAGGGAAAGUUUGCCACGCUUCCUCGGAAAGAGAGUGCACUCAAACAGGAAACAGAAAGCCUUCACGGCAGUUCUGGGAAGCUCACAGGCUCCACCUCGAGUCUGAAUAAGCUGACUGUGCAGGGCUCAAACAGCCGGCGCUCCCAGUCCUCCUCUCUGCUCGACAUGGGCAACAUGUCCGCCUCCGACCUGGACGUGGCCGACAGAACGAAGUUUGACAAGAUAUUUGAGCAGGUCCUCAGUGAGUUGGAGCCGCUGUGUCUUGCAGAACAAGACUUCAUCAGCAAGUUCUUCAAACUACAGCAGCACCCGAUGGUUAUGCCACCUCUCGCUCAGCCUGAAACUGAAGAAUUAGAUGGAGGCACGCCGUCAAGAGUUGCCCCGCAGGCGGAGCACAGACACUCUAUGUCAUCAGAAAAAGACCUGGUGCGUUUGAUGAUGAAUAAGAUCUUUCAGAGCAUCGAGACUGAACUCAACAGCCUUAUCGCUCUGGGGGACAAGAUCGACAGCUUCAACUCUCUGUACAUGCUGGUGAAGAUGAGUCACCACGUGUGGACAGAGUGAUGGACGGUCUACACCAGCGUUACUCGACCCUGCUCAGCCAUGGGAAAUGUGCUGGUCACCGUCAAGAGAAACUUUGACAAAUGCAUUUCAGGUCAGAUCCGACAGAUGGAGGAAGUGAAGAUUUCUAAGAAAAGCAAAGUUGGUAUCCUGCCUUUUGUCACCAACUUUGAAGAGUUUGCUGAACUCGCUGAAACUCGAGUGGUUUAAGGCGCUACCCAUGUAUGCGGGCGGCCCCGGUUCGAAAAAGCUUAUGUCAAACUCAUCAGAGCUGUCUUUAUGAACGUGGAGAAAGUUGCCAGCGAGAGUCAGAAGACACCGAGGGAUGUUGUGAUGAUGGAGAACUUCCACCACAUCUAUUCCACUCUGUUCCGUCUGAAGAUCUCCUGCCUGGAUGCAGAAAGACGAGAGGCCAAACACAAAUACACGGAGCACCUGCAGUCCUACGUCAUCAACUCUCUGGGACAGCCUCUAGAAAAACUCAAUCAUUUCUUUGAGGGAGUGGAGGCUCGUGUAGCUCAGGGUGUUCGUGAGGAGGAGGUGAGCUACCAGCUGGCCUUUAACAAACAGGAGCUGCGAAAGGUCAUCAAAGAAUAUCCUGGGAAAGAGGUGAAGAAGGGACUGGACAACCUGUACAAGAAGGUGGAUAAACACCUGUGUGAAGAGGAAAGUCUCCUACAGGUGGUGUGGCACUCCAUGCAGGACGAGUUCAUCCGCCAGUACAAGCACUUUGAAGACCUGAUCGGCAGAUGCUACCCCGGAUCAGGAAUCACCAUGGAGUUCACCAUCCAGGACAUGUUGGAGUAUUUCUCCAGCAUCGCUCAGUCUCAUUAGUCUCACUGCUCUGCACUUUGAAUCUCUGCUGCCUCACACUGGCAGAAAAUACACUAACUACGCUCUCAUGCACUCCCCUGGAAAAUCUGGACAGUUAACAUUUCCUCUUUGUGUGUUUUUAAGAAAGUGAUGCAGAUUUACCUGCAUCAUGUUUGUGCCUGCCCCCUAAGAUUCAACUCUCUGCUCUGAAUUUUGAUUUAUUAUAUUUUUAUUUCUUCAUGCUAUUUGUACAUAAUAAAUCCACAGUUGCUGACCCA